UCGGUUCAGGUUCAGUAUUGCGGCGUUUGUCCAGCCUCCUGACGGUGCGCGACUCUCAGGGAACAGAGUGGUUUCCCUUUUUUCUGGAAAGCCCUUCACCAUCAGUCUGAGAGCUGGGCUUAAGGGGGAGCAGAUCUGAAGGGCCCAGUCUGGCUGUGAGAGACAUCCUUAGACUUUAACAUAUGGCGCUGUAGUAUAAGCACACUUUUGUGGAUUGUGGAAGGGACCGAAUUUGGAAGGGACCGAAUUUUAUCAAAAGUCGCCCGUUUUCUGUACAGGCGUUCAUCAUGGAGAUGCAAAGGUGGACCACCAGGUGGAAAACGAAAAGGUGGCUAUGGGAUUCAACGCUAGUCGCUGUGGUCACAUUAAGUUUAAUUCUACAAGCUGCCAAUGUCAGAGCAGCUGAACCAGUAGAUGUACUAAAGGCUCUAGACUUCCAGAGCUCUCCUGAAGGAGUACAGAAAACAACAGGCUUCUGCACAGUCCGGAGAGGAUCCAAACCCAACAUCGCUUACAGAGUGGGAAAACAGGCUCAGAUCAGCGCUCCAACCAAACAGCUCUUCCCAGGAGGAGAUUUCCCAGAAGAUUUCUCCAUCCUGUUCACCAUCAAGCCCAAGGCUGGCCUCCAGUCCUUCCUACUGUCCAUAUACAACCAGCAAGGCAUCCAGCAGCUUGGCGUAGAGGUGGGCCGUGCCCCCGUCUUCCUGUAUGAGGACCAGCAUGGCAAGCCUGCCCCGGAGGGGUACCCCCUGUUCCGCUCCAUCAACCUUGCUGACGGCAAAUGGCAUCGUGUAGCUAUCAGCGUAGAGAAGAAGAGUGUCACCAUCAUCGUGGACUGUAAGAAGAAGGUGACCAGGCCCCUUGGCAGAAGCGACCAGGCCGUCAUCAACACAGAAGGCAUAACUGUCUUUGGCACCAGAAUCUUGGAUGAGGAAGUCUUUGAGGGUGACAUCCAGCAACUGCUGAUAGUGGCAGACCCCAGGGCAGCCUAUGACUACUGUGAACACUACAGCCCUGACUGUGAAACCCCCAACCACCACGACACCCCCCAGGCUCAGCAACCUGAGGACGAGUACACUAACUAUGAAUAUGGUGAAUAUGGUGACUACAAUGAAGGAGAGUUAACCACUGAUGCUCCCCCAACUGAAGGAGCCAAGACUGAGACAAAUGUGGGUGGAGACUACUACACGGGUGAGUAUGACUACACCACAGUGGACGAAUCGAUUUUUUUUUUUUUUUUCCUAUUUGUACCAUGGAACCCCCCCCCACCCCCCAGCAACACCCUGGAUUGAUCCCAGAGCUAUGAAGGGGAAAUAGUGGAUGAUUACAUCACCGGUGUGGAACAGGUCGGGGUGGACCCCACCGUUGCUGUGGAAACCGCUGCCCCAGUGGACACCCUAGAGAAGGUGGAUCCUGCCACAGACGUGUAUGAGUUUAAGGAAUACGACCUAAAGGAAUAUGACAACAAAGAGAUUGUAGAGAAGCCAUACGAAUAUGGUGAUUAUGGCGAUUAUGGCCCCACUGAAGCCAAGCCUACAUCUGCAACAUAUGAGGACGAGUUUGGUCCUGGAGUUCCAGCAGAGACGGACAUCCGAGAAAGCAAUGUGGGUGGAGGUCAAAGCUACCUGGGAGAAAAAGGAGAGAAGGGUGAACCUGCUGUCAUUGAGCCAGGGAUGCUUAUAGAAGGACCCCAAGGAGCCCCCGGCCAAGCCGGUCUUCCUGGUACCCCAGGAUUACAGGGUCCUCCAGGUCCCCACGGAGAUCACGGUGAGAGGGGUCCUCCAGGGCGUCCUGGUCUUCCUGGUUCAGACGGUAUUCCUGGGCCUCCAGGUACCAUUCUGAUGCUUCCAUUCCGUGCGGGCGGUGAGUCACACAAGGGACCUGUGGUUUCAGCUCAAGAAGCUCAGGCUCAGGCCAUCCUUGCUCAGGCUAGGCUGACCAUGAGAGGUCCUCCAGGGCCAGUGGGCAUGGCAGGAAGAUCUGGUCCUGUGGGAGGUCCUGGAGCUCCUGGACUUAAAGGUGACAGUGGUGACUCCGGACCACAGGGACCCAGAGGUCUUCAGGGUGCAACUGGUCCACCAGGGAAAGCAGGAAAGAGGGGUCGUAAUGGAGCCGAUGGUGCUCGAGGAAUGCCAGGAGAGGCAGGGACCAAGGGUGACAGAGGUUUUGACGGCCUCCCUGGUCUUCCUGGAGAAAAAGGGCAUAGAGGAGAACAUGGUUCUACAGGACCUCCAGGACCUCCAGGAGAGGAUGGCCCCAGAGGUGAAGAUGGCCAGGUUGGACAGAGAGGUGUGGCUGGAGACAGUGGUCCUCGAGGUUUGCUUGGCCCCAGAGGGUCUCCAGGUACUGGUGGACAGCGUGGUCUUCCUGGAAUUGAUGGGCAAGCUGGUCCCAAAGGAAACAUGGGUCCACAAGGAGAGCCGGGACCUCCUGGGCAACAGGGUAUGCCUGGUCCACAUGGUCUUGUUGGUCCUCAAGGUCCAAUCGGGCCUCCUGGUGAAAAAGGACCUCAAGGGAAACAAGGUUUGGCUGGCCUUUCUGGUGCUGAUGGCCCUCCUGGUCACCCAGGAAAAGAAGGUCCUCCAGGCGAGAAAGGAGCAGCUGGUCUUGCUGGUCCUAUGGGAUCCAUUGGCUACCCUGGACCUCGUGGUGUGAAAGGUGCUGAGGGAAUUAGAGGCCUUAAAGGUGGCAAAGGAGAAAAGGGAGAGGAUGGAUUCCCUGGCUUCAAAGGUGACAUGGGUCUCAAGGGUGACAAGGGUGAGGGUGGUGUAUUAGGACCCAGAGGAGAAGACGGUCCCGAGGGUCCCAAGGGCAAGUCAGGACCCAAUGGAGAAGCUGGUCCCUUGGGACUAGCUGGAGAGAAGGGAAAACUUGGAGUCCCUGGAUUGCCUGGGUACCCUGGUCGACAAGGCUCCAAGGGCUCCAAUGGCUUCCCUGGAUUCCCCGGGGCGAAUGGCGAGAAGGGAGCAAGGGGAAUCGCUGGCAAAGCAGGCCCUAGAGGUCAACGUGGCCCAACGGGUCCACGUGGUGGGCGUGGUGCUAGAGGACCAACAGGAGCGCCAGGUGCAAAGGGCACCUCAGGCAACGAUGGACCAGGGGGCCCACCAGGAGAGAGGGGACCUCAAGGACCACAGGGACCCGUCGGUUUCCCCGGACCUAAAGGACCCAAUGGCCCCCCAGGAAAAGAUGGGCUGCCUGGUCAUCCUGGACAGAGAGGAGAGACGGGCUUCCAAGGAAAGACAGGACCUCCAGGACCUGGAGGGGUGGUUGGACCACAGGGCCCAACUGGAGAGACAGGACCUAGCGGAGAGCGAGGACACCCAGGUUCGCCUGGUCCACCUGGUGAGCAAGGUCUACCUGGAGCUGCUGGAAAAGAGGGUGGAAAGGGUGAUCCAGGUUCUCAGGGUCCUAGUGGCAAGGCAGGACCUGCCGGCCUACGGGGCUUCCAGGGUGCAAGAGGUCUUCCAGGGGCCAUGGGUCCAGCUGGCUUAAAGGGAGGAGAAGGGCCUCAGGGUCCCCCCGGCCCCAUCGGUUCUCCUGGAGAGAGAGGUGCUGCUGGCCCUGGAGGUCCCAUUGGUCUAGCAGGACGCAAUGGACCCCAAGGACCACCCGGCCCUGCUGGAGAAAAGGGCGGCCCUGGAGAGAAAGGUCCCAUGGGCCCUGCUGGCCGUGAUGGCAUUCAAGGUCCUGUUGGUCUUCCUGGUCCGGCUGGUCCUCAGGGUCCCCCUGGAGAGGACGGUGACAAGGGAGAAGUUGGCGGACCUGGACAGAAGGGAAGCAAAGGAGACAAGGGUGAACUUGGUCCACCAGGCCCAAGCGGUCUUCAGGGUGUGGUCGGAGCUCCCGGUCCAGCUGGCAGUGAUGGUGAGUCUGGACCGAGAGGACAGCAGGGUAUGUUUGGCCAGAAAGGAGACGAAGGAGCCAGAGGAUUCCCCGGUCUACCAGGACCCAUCGGACUACAGGGUUUGCCCGGCCCUCCUGGUGAGAAGGGAGAGAAUGGAGAUGUUGGACCAAUGGGUCCACCUGGUCCUCCUGGCCCCAGAGGUCCUCAGGGUUCCAGCGGUGCCAACGGAGCUCAAGGUCCUCCCGGUGGUAUUGGUGCAAUGGGAGGUGUUGGUGAGAAGGGAGAAACCGGUGAAGCUGGCAACCCAGGAUCAGUUGGAGAGCCUGGGAUUGCAGGACCCAGAGGAGAGACUGGUGAGAAGGGAGAAACCGGGCCACCCGGAGCUGCUGGACCCGCCGGCCCCCGUGGACCCUCUGGAGAUGACGGUCCCAAGGGCAACCCCGGUCCUGUCGGCUUCCCAGGAGACCCUGGUCCCCCUGGUGAGCCUGGUGCUGCUGGUCUUGACGGUUUACCAGGUGACAAAGGAGACGAUGGAGAGGCCGGACAACCAGGCCCUUCAGGUCCAUCUGGUGAGGCUGGAGUACCAGGACCUCCUGGCAAAAGGGGAACUGUUGGACCAGCAGGUCAGGAGGGCAGACAAGGAGAAAAGGGAUCCAAGGGCGAAGCUGGAGCCGAGGGCCCUGUUGGGAAAACUGGACCUGUGGGACCUCAGGGGACUGCUGGAAAGUCUGGUCCCGAGGGACUGCGUGGAAUUCCUGGCCCUGUUGGUGAGCAAGGACUGCCUGGUGCUUCUGGUCAAGAUGGCCCACCAGGACCUAUGGGACCCCCUGGACUUCUUGGUAUGAAAGGUGACUCUGGAGGAAAGGGAGAGAAGGGUCAUCCAGGUCUUAUCGGUCUGAUUGGUCCUCCUGGUGAGUCUGGAGAGAAGGGAGACAGAGGAUUGCCUGGACCUCAGGGUACUGCAGGUGGCAAGGGUGAUGCUGGUGGUACUGGUCCCCAAGGUCCUCUCGGUCCUCCUGGUCCCCCUGGUCUUUCUGGCCCUCUAGGACAGAAGGGUUCCAAGGGAUCAACCGGUUCAGCAGGUCAGAAGGGAGACACUGGACUGAUUGGACCACCUGGACCACCUGGUCCACCCGGUGACAUCAUCCAGCCACUGCCCAUCCAGCAGGCUGCCAAAAGGACCAGACGGCAAGCUGAGAAGCAGGGAGACAAGGCAUUGGCAGACAAGGCAUUGGCAGACUAUGGCGUAGAUGGCCUCGGUAUGGAGGGAAUGGAGGAUGUCUUUGGAUCCCUCAACAACCUCAAACAGGACAUUGAACGCAUGAAGUUUCCCAUGGGCACCCAAGACAAUCCUGCCAGGACCUGCAACGACCUGCACCUCAGCCAGCCUGACUACCCAGAUGGUGAAUACUGGAUUGAUCCAAACCAGGGCUGCAUAGGAGACUCCAUCAAAGUGUUCUGUAACUUCACAGCAGGCGGAGAAACGUGUAUCUUCCCAGAUAAGAAAUCUGUAGGAGUUAGAAUAUCCAACUGGCCCAAGGAGUCUCCAGGUUCAUGGUUCAGUGAAUUUAAACGUGGCAAAAUUUUGAGCUACGUUGACAUGGCAGAAAACACCAUCAACACAGUGCAGAUGACCUUCCUGAAGCUGCUGAGCUCCUCAGCACGGCAGAACUUCACCUACAUUUGCCAUCAGUCCGUGGCCUGGUACGAUGCCAAGGCCGACAACUACGACAAGGCGCUGCGCUUCCUGGGCUCCAACGAUGAGGAGAUGUCUUACGACAAUAAUCCCUUCAUCAAGCCGCUGAUGGACAACUGCUCGCUGAAGCAGGGCUAUUCAAAGACUGUGAUGGAGAUCAACACUCCCCGCAUCGACCAGUUGCCCAUCAUUGACGUCAUGCUGAAUGACUUUGGGGAAUCCAACCAGAGGUUUGGCUUUGAGGUGGGCCCUGUCUGUUUCCUCGGCUAGACACACACCUACUCCCCGCUGAAGGACAGGGUCAGAGGGUACAUAUUAACACCCACAUGCUGAGAUCCGACAACCUUUACCUUCUCUCCCUGUGAAGCAAAAAAACCUGUGUUUUCUUUUGUUGCCCGAGAAGAUCCACUCAAGCCCGGAGAAGAAGAGUGCCCCUAGGCCCUGUCAUGAAAGCGCUGACCAGGGGAAACUACUCCUCGCCCUUGUAGGGCCAGAAUCACAUGACUUUAACUUACAUGUUGUAAUGGGAGUGACAUCAGGAAAAGGACAUUUGAUGCCGUGGCGUACAGUGGCGCACCUUCGGCAACAGAGAGAGGAUCCACUCACCCCAAGCCCCAUCCUCCCUUGUCCUCCCCCUCCCACCACGCCUCCCUCUCUGGAUGCUCCAGGUGCUGCUCUGAAUAAAACCACAGAGGUGCUUUUGUGCAGAAUCACAAAACACUCAAGGUGCUACAAAAAGUGCUUUUUGAUAAAACUGUAAUUAUUAUUAUUAUUAUUGUGUACAAUAUUGUGCCUUUCUGAAUCCACCCUAAAAUCUUGCAUGUUCCCCAGCUCUUAAGUUUAAAUAAGUAUUUGGUAAACAAUAUAGAAAUAAAUCUAAUGAAUAUAGUUGAUGUGUGUUGAAAACAAAUUUGCUAAAAAGAAUAUCUAUUGAAAACAUUCCAAUUUGUAAAGUACAAAAUAAUCCUUUUGUAAAUAAUAUAACUUUCAAUAUUUGAUUUUUAUGAGAGCUAACACAACUGGAUCAUAAAACACAACUCUAAAAGCAUUCUGUCUUUUUUCAUGACAAUGACACCAGUUGGUAUGUCCAUCGGGAUAUUAAGCCAUAAUAAAAUGAUAUAGUAAUAUAAAUAUUUUAAGAAAGAGCUUAUUCUUCCAAACCUUAUUCACCCAGAUGUUAUAUUGUACCUCAGUUUCUUUUAAAAAAUGUGGACAUAUUUGGCUCUUCACCCGUGUUUAUAUAUUGAUAACACAAUCAAGUUUAAACAUUAUUUGUGGUGGCUAACUUACAAUUUAUUUUCUGUGGAGUUAAAUUUGUCCAAUAGUGUCCAAAAGCUCUGUUGAUUUUCUUAUUUGUAAUGAACAAAAUGUUUCAUGUGCCUUGAAUUGUUCAUUCAAAAAUAUUAAAACUGGAUUCUGAAAAAUGCCUGUAUUGGAUUGUUGGCUAUUUGAGUGCAGAAACGAUUAAUGUUCUUUUUGUGAUUCUGCGCUGCCCUAUACAUAUCUCCUUCCUUCGCCAUUUGGAGGAUUAGUGGCUCCAAGUGUUGCCGUUCAUGUGAUUGAUUCUGCUGAGCCCAGGUGCUGUGAUCUCUUUCACUUUCUUUCUCUGAAUCAAAUUUGACUUUGAUCAUGAUAUGUUUGCAUCUCCACCUCUCUAGCUUAAAGCUAUGAUAGCAUAGACUUCGGAGCCGCUUUCAAACCUGUGUAAUUACAGUAUGUUUACAACCUAUGUACAAAUGAAAUAAAUGUUUGGUGCUUUGCCAAAUGCACAUUGCAA